AUGUCAGUCAUGAAGCCCUAUUUAAUGACCAUUUCCAUCCUUCUGAUCCUGGUUCGUAAGACUCCAGGUGGCCUGUUCAGAUCCCAGUAUGGCAAGAGCCAAGAGCCUUGGAUUCCAUGUCAGCUUUACCAUGGCAUGUGCAGAAACACCUGCAAAAAGACUGAAACUCAAUACUUAACCUGCCCAAAUGAUCAAGAGUGCUGCCUGAAAUUUUCUGUGAAAACAGCCCGUUCUAACAAUGUGAAGGGUUAUGAUCCUGACUCCAAACUGUCAACUUCAAGCUACUCUAAAAUCUGA